CUUAGUUUAUGUAUUAAUUCCUUCUGUAUUGGGACACCAUAAAGCUGCCAUAAUGACAACAACAAGGAGGAAUCUGACCUCCUAUGACAGAGAGAGGCAACUGGAACAAAGCCGACGUCAAGGAGAAAUUCGAGAAGACACAAUUAAACGUCUUAAUCAGGAACGCCUUUUAGAAGCCAAUAUGUGUAAUGAACGUAAAUUAACAGAGAAAAGAUAUUUACGGAACUUAAUGAAAGAACACAAAGAAAUGGAAAUGGAAGAAUCUAUUUUAAAGGCUCAGCGUGACCGACUUAUUAGAGAAGAACAGAUGGUCCAAGAGGAAAGACUGGCAAAGGAGAUGGAGAGGCGGAAGCUGGAUUCUAUGAGAGAUGAGAAGAUGAGGCAACAGAUCAGAGAAACAAGUCUUGAAUUACGAGAGUUAGAGGCCAAAUUGAAGUCUGCAUACAUGAACAAAGAACGAUCAGCACAGAUUGCAGAAAAGGAAGCUCUAAAAUAUGACAAAGCGAAACGAGAUGCAGAGAUUUCACGCAACAUGAAAGAGGAACAUGAGCGUGCCCAGGAGGCAGAGUUACAGCGACAGAAGGAGCAAUAUCGGGAACAAAUUCGAUAUCAGCAGGAACUGGAGCGGCAGCUGGAAGAACAGGAACACAAGAAACAACAGGCUUACGAGGAAUUCCUUAAGGAGAAACUCAUGAUAGAUGAGAUUGUCCGCAAGAUCUACGAGGAAGACCAGAGAGAAAGAGAACUUGCACUCGCCAAACAGAAGUCCACACAGAAAUAUAUACAAGAAUUCAAAAAUGCACGUGAGGAAUGGAAAAAACUCGAGAGGAAAAGAAUGGAGGAAGAAAACAAAAAUAUCCGUGCCUUCGCUCGGCUACAGGAGGAUAGAGAGAAGGAGAGGAUGGAAUCAAAGAAGGCUAAAGAGGACGCCAUGGCUCGGGUCCAAGGAGCUUUGGCUGGAGAGAUCUCCAGGCAGGAUGCUGAGCGUGAAGAGAUGGAGCGUGUUCGCAUGGAACUCUACCUGGAAGAACAAGAGGAGAAGGAGAGGCUGAAGGAGAAGAAUGACAUUGAGGCCAGGAUACGACAGAAGCUUGAAUUACAACAGACACAUGCUCAACAAAUGCACUUCAAGAACCUAAGGAAGGCCGCCCAGCAGGAGGAAGAGGAGGAGUUUAGACAACAGAUGUUGGCCAAAUUUGCUGAGGAUGACCGCAUAGAACAAAUGAAUGCUGCCAAACGCCGCAUGAAACAGCAAGAACACAAACGUGCCGUAGAACAAUUGAUUGAUGACAGGCGUUCACAAUUUGCUGCCGAUCGCGAGAGGGAACUCAUGGAACGUCGUGAAGAGGAGAAGAUGGAAGCAUUCAAGAGGCAGAUAAUCGAGGAGGAGAGACAGAAAUUGUUACAGGAACAUGCCAUGCGAUUACUAGGAUACUUACCUAAAGGCGUCAUUCGUGAUACAAAGGACCUUGACAUGCUUGGAUCUGACUUUAAAUCGGCAUAUACAGCACGACAGGUUGAUCCGUUUGACGAGGAAGCUUGGGACCAGAGUCGGCGAUAGGACCACAUCUCUAGUGUAAUGAACAAAUUAUCUGUGAUUCAAAUCCUUGUUACUCUUUCCAAGUAAUGCAGCAUAUUGUCUGUUAUCAGGAAACAUUAUCAUUAUUACUGGAAGGAGUUCAUAUUAAUAAGGAAAACAUCUCAUUUUGAUAAAAUCAAGCUGGUUUUAUCUAGAGAGACAGGACAGGAAAUGUAUUAAGUCUACUGUUAAUCGCGUGAAGAAGAAAAACAGAAAUAUUGUGUGGAAAUUUUUCACGAAUGACAAAGAAAUAUAAAGAGUAUCUGUGAACCAAAAUAUCUCCAUGGUAUCUGAUGUGAAUUUCUUCUAAGUAAACAGAUGAAUUGUUUAUAUCUUCUCACAAAAAACUCUGUUUUGUUAACUAAAAAUUGGUAAAAUGUACAAAGUGAUACUUUUCAGAGAAAUAUUCAUUUGAUAUAGGGAACUUGUUGAUUAACUUCAUUAUUAUUCCAGGCACACACAUUUCUAUGAAAGAAUUACCACAUUCCAAUAUGUUUUAUCCGACUUUAGUCGGGGUUGUCUCCCCUAUCUCAAUCACUUUUCAUUUGUAAUGGUUGUUCUUAGUGCUAGUUGUUUUGGUCACAUGAUGUAUGGAAUUCAACCAAAGCUAGAUAAGAUAUGAAAAUCAGAUCUGGAAGGUGAUAUAUUUUAGCUAUUUCGUAUAUUCAUAAUGUCUUAAUAAAAUGUAGAAAGAGUUUGAAUUUCCUCAUUCUCUUUAAAGAUUAUAAGUUUCCUGAUCAAAGUUGACCAUUUGAAGCACUUUCACAUUGGUUGUGAGAAAUGAUGAAUAUCUGCAUGAUAUGUCAAGUAAUCAGUGAUACGCUGUAUGUGCUAGAAGCUACUUCAUCACUGUAUAACCUUUAUCAGACAGCAUCCUUGUUACAGUUUCCUUAUAGCAAUCCUUACAGAAAUCUGUAAAAGUACAAAAUAAAGGGGAAAGAAAUACAGCAAAGUUUUGCAAGAAAAUAUUUAUCGAAAAUUUCAACGAAAGAUUCUGCAAUUUUGGAGGAAAAAAGCUUGAUAUUUGUGCUGAUCAAUUGAUCCUUAUUGUAGUUGGGUUUUUUUUUUUUAAAGAAUUUAGACAUGUUACCUUAGAUAUGAAAGUGAUCAUGACUCAAAUCAUUGAUUGUAAGGUUAAAAAUGAUUGGUGAUAUACAUCACUGUGGUGUUGAUGUUUCUCAUUAAUAAUGGUGUUAUCAUAGGUACAGUUCAUCUGAUAUAACACAUGUCGCAGUGGACAACAUGUCGCAGUGGACAAAUAUUUGAAACUUGUAUAUAUUGGUGUAAGGUUAAAUAUGGAUGUUGAUAAAGACAACAUCAUUUUUAAAGUUCAAGUUCUUCAUGUAGAACCAAACACUUGUUCUCUACAACAAAAAUGGAUCAGUUAGGCGUGUCUGGAACGCCUCUAAAUCCUAUACACCCAUAUAUGGUGAAUUAUAAUGCAAUGCUUCAUCUUAGAAUGCUAUAUAUAUAUCAUAAGAAAAGUGUUGUUCAAAAUAAAAAAGGGAAAGUCUCCUUGCAAUGAAUUUGAUUUCAAUUGCUUGGUUUAAAGCAAACAUUUUACAUAAUUUAAUGUCAAUUAAUACCAUAAGGAAGGUAUUGAACAAAACUCUCAUUGAUAUUCCUCCGCAGAGUAAAGUUCUGUAUGGGUUAAAAAUCUUGAUGAUUUCUAUGAUUUCAGGGACCAGCUUUAUACAAAACAUUUUAAGUUAAAGGGCUUUAAUGUUGUUUGAUGAAGUCUUGUUACUUUGUGUUUUUUUUGUAAAUAAACAAAAGUGUAUUUAAUCAAUAAUGUGUAUAGAACAACAUGUACAUAAUGUACAGUGACAAAAAUAAAAUUGGACAAAACG